GCCCGCUCCUUUCUCACCCGAAGUGGGCAACUCCACGACUCUGCCAACCCCUUUUUGAUCCCCCACUUCCCCCUCCGCCGUUCCCCCGAAAAACCCGGUGUUACGUCAGAAAGUGCACGACAGGCAGACUCGGAGGAGCUAAACGUAGAUGUUGCUGCCAAACCCGGCUCGGGGCUGCUCCCGAGCUCACUGCAGCCAAUGCAAUAUAAAAACACAAGCUUUUUAAAGCAGCGACAGUAUGCGGUAAGUCAAUUGUUAAUUCAUGCUUGUUCGUCUCCUCGCUGGGAUUUAUUUUUCUCACAGCUUUCUUCACGUGACAGGUCACUGUUGCUGGCACAAUUACGCGCAAAACAGAGCAGGAGAGUAAACGGUGUACAGAUAAGGAGUAGACUGGUUUACUGGUUUGAACAAAAAGAGUAUGAUAUGAUGAUGCAACAGACAUUUUUGACACACGGAUGUUUUUACAUUUUUGAAGUUUGAUUCUUUGUUGAUCUGAAAAACAAACAUGCCCCACGCUCGAAAUAGGAACCCCAGUCCCAUCCCGGAGGUAACAUGGGACACGGGACUGAAGGAGAUGAACGAGACGUGGAAAGGGGCAAUAGCCUGUCUGGGGGUGGCUGUCUUCUUUGUAAUGACCAUCGGGAUUAUUUACUGGCAAGUGGUGGACCAGCCCAACAAGAACUGGAUCCUCAGGGGAACUUUCAGCGGACUGAUCUGGGAGAGAAGAACCCAUUCGCUGGUCAUACAGACUCUGAUGGAGGACAGGACCUACGUGGAGAUAGACGUCGGGAACGUGGGGAACCCCGACAUCGAGGUUCCCUUUGUGAGGAACCUGUGUUGGCUUAAUAAAACAGAGUUCUGCUACACCUGGGACUCGGUGGCCGAGGUGAAGAUCUCGCUGGAGGCGAGCGAGGAUGCAGAGACGGAGUGCUACAGCAUGGCCUGGACGCCGGUGAACUGUCAUGUGGAGCUGAAGGACUGCUUCUCCAUGGCCAAUGUCUCCUGGUACGGCGGUGCGAAUGUCCAGGGUCAGACUUGGCCCAUUAAUGAUCAGAACAUCACAAUGCAGCCCUACAUCGUCAGCAAUCUUAAGGACAGUCCCUCUGGAUAUGGCUCUCCACUGGAACGCUACUUCCUGGGUUCAUCGGGAGUCACAGUGCUUGUAUCUCCUGACAUCCCCAUGCAGCUCGGGUUGGACUGUAGACAGCAGUUCUGCUUGAAGUCGCUGCCUAGUAUGGAGCGCCUCCCUCUCCAGUACACUGUGUGUGUGGCCCGCAACGUUAAAGCCGCUCACCUGGAAGCCGUGCAGCAGCUUUCCGAGCUUAGCAGGGAGCUGCCAAACAUGAAAACGUUGUGGCUGCCGUUCUGGAAGUUCCUCACCAAUGUGGACACGGGGCCGAAAGUGGAGAAGGAGCUGCGAACCUUCUCCAAUCGUCUGAGGAGACACCAGUUGGGGGAGGGAGUCAUUAGCCUCAAUGAACAUUCCACCACCCUCCUUUCAGAAAUGGACCACGACUACCUCAACAGCAGGAAAAGAGGGAUGUCCAAGAGACUGACCAGGGACCUCCCACUUGUCAAGCUUCUUAACAUUUCCAUCACCCUGUCUCCUUUCCUGGGCGUGGACACCACGCAGUUCCACACCUCCCUCACUGACGGCACAGAGGACUACUGGCUCAGUCUUCCCUCAGCCACUCAGGGGAAACUGAUCCCUGUGCUGACCCAGUGGCGAGGAAAGUUCUGUGUAAAGCUGAACCUCACUAACCCAGCCGCUGUGAGCUGGUUCCUGGACAGAGUGGAGUCCCUGCAGGCCCAUUUAGGGAUGGAGUACAUUGUACUGGAGGGGGGAGAGGGGAAUCUGUUUGAGGAGCAGGCCCUGCGAACACCGCUGGUUCUGAGUGGAGAUAAAUACAUUGAACUUCUGGCUGACAUGGCCACCAGCAUAGGAGACUCCACCAUCAUGACAGCUGGAACUAGGUCAAGCCACAUGCCUCUGUUCAUCAAGAUGGCACCCUUACAAUCUGACUGGAGUCCAACGGGUUUGAGGGCAGUCAUUCCCUCCUUGUUGCACCAUGCCUUGGUGGGAUACAACUUCCUCAUUCCCGAUGCAGUAGGAGGCUCUCUGUCUGGAGACCUGGUCACCGAUAAGGAGCUGUUUAUCCGGUGGCUGGAGAUAGCAGCUUUUCUUCCUGUUCUCAGCUUCCAUACGCCACCCUGGGCCUUUGGUGAGGACCAGGUGUUGAAUCUGACCCGGAUUUAUAUCACAAAGCACCAGACGGAUGUGGUUCCACUACUACAGAAGUAUGCAGAGGAGUGGCAGUUGACCGGAAACCCCAUCUACCGUCCUUUGUGGUGGCUCAGUCCCAGUGACCCCAUGACUUUCACCACCGAUGACCAGUUUUUAAUUGGAGACGAGGUCCUGGUGGCACCAAUAGUGGAGAAGGGAGCAGUCCAGAGGGAUAUUUAUUUACCAGAUGGGGGCUUCCAGUGGCAAGACAGCCAGAGUGAGCAGGUGUUUGAUGGCGGGACGUUUCUGGAGGAUUACCCUGUUCCUCUGGAGGAGGUGGCCGUUUUCAUAAGGAGAAGCUGAGUCCUGACUAAUCUCUUUAGUCGCCCAACUGUUACUGUUUUGAAUCAAAUUCUUAAAAAAAUAUUUUUCUGAAAGUGUUCUGAUCUCAACUUGCACUUUUCCACUAAAGACCAUUGACACUGUCUCAACGUCUGACUUGAGAUGACAUGUAGAAAGACUUUUUUUUUUAUACUUGCACUUUAAAGUUUGAAAUUGUUACCCUUUUCUCUUUGUGAUAUGUUUUCUUCCUUUUUUAAGUUAAUCAGUGUUACCUCCCGGCUGAUUUUCUGGGCUUUUAUUUUUUAUUCAAUCAUCUUUCUUGUGUAUAGUUCCUGAAAGAUCUGUGUGUUUACAUACUGCCUUUCAACAGUCUUUAAUUUUUGUUGUUGUUGUUAUUGUUGCUGCUGGUUCUCUUCAUAAAGAGGAACAAAGCAUUGUAGGCUUAAAAGAAUCUCUCCAGAAGACCAAAUGAAGAAAUGGAAAAAUAGAGGAAGACUUUUGAAACAGCUAUUUUUGAGGGAACUGCUUAGUAGAAGAAAACUGGGUCACACACCAAAAGUCACAAAUUGGGAUAUUAGCACUGUGGUAUUGAAGGACUUGCUCAGUCAUUGGAAAAAAGGCUUUUACUUGAACCAAAAGAGCUGAGAGGCAGAUGCUUUAUGAAUGUACCUCAGAUUUCGGAUGCUCACUGCUUUGUGAAGCUGUUACAACAGUUGAUCACCAACUAGCAUGUUUUCAGUGAUUAGUUUAACUAAUUUAGUACAGCUCUGUUGGACAUUCUUAGUACUGUAUUCACAUGAACUUGAGGCCAAGCCACUGUUUUUUAUAACUGUGCAUAUUUCUGCAUUUAAAUCUGAUUGUUUUUUUUUUUGUUUUUUUACAAUUAUUGGUAAAACUUUGGAAAUUUUCUGAUAGGAUUCUUGUCACAAAUAGUCUCUGUGUCUUAGUUGGCUUCGUUGGCUCUGUGUCUUUAGACGGCCUCAUUCACAUACGUCAUUCUCUUCGGUUUAAUAGCUUAUUAAUAUUCUGAACCAAUGCUCUUAUAAGAUUUGUGUUUAAAUUCAAAAUCUGCCCAGAUAAAAGAAAAGAUUUUUUACUCAAUAAUUAAUCACUUUGUAUUUUUAUAUGGUUGUUGUAGAUGUUUAGAAAAGUUUUUCUUAACUGAUUUGCUCUUUGCAAAACUAUCUUAAUUGGCCAGCAGUGAUAUUACAGGCUUUGUGUCUCCAUAUAAAUUAGCUGAGCAGAUAUCAGUACUAAUCAGCUAAUACACUCAGGUCUAAUGAAUCUUAUCAGUUCACCAAAUGUCUUAUAGCGGCUUAGUAUAUUGUGAUCACACUGAUGUCUUAAUCUGUCACAGAGCAGAAUGUACAAUGUGCACACAAGGAUUUUCCAAAGCCUUUCUGGUGAGAAGUUCUAGUUCUGAUGGGAAAUCUUAAAAGAAUGUUUUUGCUCUUUUUAAACAUGUUGCAGGAAGAGCUUUUGCGUGUCGGUCCUUUAAUGUACGGAUGGAGCGAACCAGAUGCCUUAUUAAUGUGCUAAACUUAAAAUUCACACUAAGAUGUGUUUCUGGACUAUUGCUGUAUUAGCAACUGUGCCAUUACAUGUGUUUAUCUUUUCUCUUUUCUGUAAAUUGGGAUUGUAGAAUGAUGCAAUAAAGUUUACAUUUUCUUA